AUGUCGAUCGCGUCCGGGGUCGCGUCCGUGCCCGUCGGUGUCCCGCAUGCGACGCCGAGACGCGGCGGACCCCGAAACGCGACCGCGAAGCCCCACAUCCCGCGUCGUCCUCGCCUCGACGCGCCAUCCGCAUGGGCGGAGACGUCCCCGUCGGCGCCCUCGUCCGCCUCCUCCGCGACCGCUUCCGACGCCCGCGACGACCUUCCGGUCCGCGUGUACAUCGAGCACACCGACGCGUACCAAGUCGUCUAUCACAGCAACUAUUUCAAGUUCCUGUGGCGCGCCAGGGAGGCGUACGUGUUCGGAGGAGGCUUGGCCUCGGCGCUGCGCCAUCGCACCGGCGCACCCUUCGACCCGACCGCCGCCGGUUGGGAUCACCUCGACGUCGUCGCCAUCGACGACUGCGUGUUCGCCAGGAGCGCGGUGCUCGGCGACGACCUCCUCGUGCGCACAUCCCUGCGAGGCAUCGGCGAAACGACGCUGGCGAUGCGACAGGAGGUGGUGUUUGCGGAUGGCGGCGAGCUCGCCUUUGCGGCGACAGCUGUGGUGGCGCCGGCUUCGGCGACGGGAGCGACGACGAUUCCGCGCGAGAUUCGCGGGUGGCGGGCGGGGGACGAGGACGGGAUCGACGGGGUCGACGUGGGGACGGGGUACGAGGACCCCGCGUGGCUCGCGCGGGCGUCGGCGUCGGCGUCGGUCGAGGACGCGGGGGACUGUUCCGAGGAUGACGAAGAAGCGAACGAGGAUCCCGAAGCGAGGGUAUCGUCGAUCGCGACGAAGACGCGGGUGACGCUGUUCGAGUCGGAGCUGAGCCUCGGGCGCGCCAGGGGGGCGUCGGACGCGGACGUCCUUCGAUGGUUCGAGCGCGACCGCACGGAGGCUAUCGGUGGAUCAAGCGCCCUGAGCGCCCUGAAGGAGAACGACGGGGUCGCGGUGGUGGUGAGCUCGAUGGAUGGAUUUCGGUGUCGCCCCGGUAACGUCGUCGGAUCCGCGGGGAUCGGCGCGGGCGGCGCGAGCGGCGGUCGGAACGUGCGCCCCGCGGUCGCGUCGGCGCGGUCGACGAUCGAGAUGCGUCGUCGGAACAUCCAGGUGGCGUUCAUCCAGCGUCUGUUCGACGAAGCCGGCGCGUGCGUGGCGAGGGCCGAGGUUGUGUGCACGUGCGUGACUCGCGACGGCGGCAAGCCGACGCGUUGUCCGGCGGCGUUGGCCGAGAAGUUCGAGGCGAUGAGACGCGGGUGA